AUGCAAAAGAUCAAUCCCUACAUAAGCCAACUCGACCCUGUGCUGCACACCUUCAACUUCCUCCGCAAAUCCCCCUUCUUGUUGACAACCGUCCUCGCCGCCGCAGCUAAAGCAUUCGAAUCCUCUCUAUACGCAAAACUAAAUGCCCACGCCGAAGCCCUCUUCGCGACCUGCUUCAGGCGCGGCGACAAGUCCACCGAGGUUAUCCAGGCAAUCCUCCUCACGACCUACUGGAAAGAGCCGAAUGACACCCGGGCUUGGACAUCUGUCGGCCUUGCGAUCCGCAUCGCGAUGGAUCUGGGCUGGCAUCAGCUUUCGCCUUGGGCGAGUCGAAAGGAUGGACUGAGUGAACUUCAGCGGAGGGAGAUCCGGAACGUCGAGCGGACGUUCUUGGUUCUCUUCGUGUAUGACCGCAGUCUCAGCCUGCAAACGGGGAAACCGUGGAUGAUCGAGCGAGAUGUGUUGAUCGAGUCUGCUGAAACCUGGUGGCAGGAUCCGCUAUCCUCGCCUAAUGACCAGCUUCUUUGUAGCUUUGUCGCUCUGCGUUCAGUCACGGCGGACACAUUCGACCUCCUCACCCCGUCAAAGACCUCAGUUGCCCAGGUAGAGCGCCUUCUUAACAUCCUCGACAAUCGAAUCGACUCCUGGCAGGCAAAAUGGCUGACCACAGUAUCUACAUCAACCGGAAGUACAUGCCACGUCUUCCUCAUAAAGUUCUACGGCCACCACGCCCGCCUGCAACUCUUCUCGCUCCCACUCCACGAAAAACGCAUCCGGACAUUCGGACAAGUCCCCGUAACCGAUAUCAAGCCCUUCUGGCUGAGCUUUCAGAAUGCGCUGGCUAUGCUCCAGCUUGUCUCUGUGUCUUCGUCGCUACUAUAUCUCGCGCAGGAUUCUGUUCAUGUCAUGGUUGCUUAUGCGGCGAUUUUUCUGAUAAAGGUACGACUUCCCUUGCCCAUAUUUUCUUCAACUAGUUGA